AUCAUAUUAUAUUAAGAUAUUUAUGUUUUUUUAUUCUUUUAUUAUUUGUUUUACUGUAGGAAUAACCUAUUUUAGGAUCUAUUUCGAAGUUCCUGCUAAAAGUAUUUUAGUCCUUGACUAUAUUUUGGGCCAUCUUGGAGAGAAGUCGUGACCCUGACCGGCUACGACCUUUACCAAUCUUGCAGAGUAGCCAACGUCUUGAUCAGAUAUGGAUGAACAGGAAAACACCACUAACCUUAUAAUUAAUUAUCUGCCACAGACUCUCACAGAUGAUGAAUUCACAUCUAUGUUUCUCUCUAUUGGCCCUAUCAAGUCAGCUAAAAUUGUCCGAGACAAAGCCACAAACUACAGCUUUGGGUUUGGUUUUGUGGAAUACCACAGUCCACAGGAUGCAGAGCGUGCUAUUCAGACAUUGAACGGUCUUCAGAUCCAGAAUAAGAUCAUCAAAGUAGCAUUAGCUCGACCGGGUGGUGAGGCAUACAAGGGAGCUAACUUGUACAUCAGGAAUGUCCCAAAACAUUUCAAAGAGGCAGAUCUAGAAGCACUCUUUGAUGGAUUUGGUGCUGUUGUGCAAUCUCGUGUUCUAAUCGACCUACAAACAGGAGAAUCAAAAGGUGUUGGAUUUGUGCUGUUUAGCAAGAAGUCUGAAGCCGAGGAAGCCAUUAUGGGGAUGAAUGGUAAACCUCCAUGUGAUGGGGAAGUUCCAUUGAUCGUUAAAUUUGCUGAUGAUAAUUCCAAGAAACAGCAACAGAACAGUGGUGGUCAGCGCUAUAACCAACAGUCCAUGGGUGGUGGCCAGGCGGGACCAAUGAGAAAUCCCCCUGGUAACAGGAUGAGGUUUAACCCUAUGGGCGGUCAAGCAAUGAAUAAUUAUGGCCCUAAUAAUUAUGGUGGCCCAAAUAUGAACUAUGGAAACAUGUAUGGUUAUGGUGGUUCCCAGGGUCCCCAUGGAUAUAGUGGGGGAAUGGGAGAGGGGAAUAAUUAUGGGGGAAACCCAUCAUCUGGGAAUCCAAUCGGUACUGGCCACUUAGCACCAGGAGGUGGUUACAUUAUUUAUGCAUACAACAUCGGAUAUGAUUGCACAGAGAAAGAACUUGUAGAACUAUUUGCAGACUUUGGGACUGUAUCAAAGGUGAAUGUGAUAUAUGACCACCAGAGAGGCCAGUGUAAAGGAUAUGGAUUUGUUACUAUGACUAACUAUCGCGAGGCACAGAACGCUAUACUAAACCUGAACAGUUAUGUCCACAAAGGGAGACAACUUUCUGUAUCAUUCAAAAAGUGAAAUGCUUUCCAUUGACUUAAACAUACGCAUUUAGAAAUGUGUUACCGGUAAGGAUGGGUGUGAUCUAAUUUUACUGAAUUUUAGGAGACGAUGCAUUCCAACUAACAUUUAGAAACAUGCUGAAGUACAAAGACUGGCUCCUGAAUGGUUUAACUAGCCGUCAUGAAUAGCUCCUCAAUGGUUUCAGCACCAUGGCUGGCUCCUCAAUGGUUUCAGCACCAUGGCUGGCUCCUCAAUGUUUUCAGCACCAUGGCUGGCUCCUCAAUGUUUUCAGCACCUUACUUGAAUCUCAAAAAUGGAGCACUGUAUGUUGAAAAAGCUGUUGAAAGAUUGUAAAAUUAAGAAAUACCCGUCUGUUGUGUUUUGAUGAUGUAGACAAAAGAUAAAUCCUUGUGCUUGUUAUAGUUGCAGUACAAUCAACAUGUUUCAUUCUUCGA